AAGAGGAUAUAUUACUUUUACGCAAGAGAGAUCAGGAAAGGAACGAGGAAGAUUUGGAGAAGAGGGGAAACAGGAUAAGAGAUAAGGAUGAGGAGAAGAAGGGGGUUGGAUGCGCGACAGAGAGGAGAAGAGGAAUUAGAGAAAAGAGGAAAAAGAAAGAGAAGUCGGAAAGAUGAAACUGGGGUUUUUUAAAUUUUGCAAGACAGCAAGAGUUGCGGUGCUUUCUGAGGCUGAAUUGUCAGGCCAUCCAAUCCAUCCAUUCAUCCAUUCAUCCAUCCACUUCCCUAUCUUUCUGGAUUCCUUAUGCUGUUUGGCCUCGUUCUGUUCCUUUCUCACUCUUUUUUCUCACCAUUCUUUCCCUUUUCUGCCGGUGGAUCUCUCUCUAAACCCAUUCCGGAGGGAGCCAUGACCCACACCAAUUACCCCACCGCAUCAAAUUC